CCACCUUUCCCAAACUCACCUUGUGCAAUUGAGCUGUCCAACCAUUACUCUAUCAAUUGCAGUUCCCUUUCCCCUACUUUUCCGAAAAUCUCAUCCAAUUGCAUCUUCUUGAACCACGGCCUCCGGCAACGCGAACCCACCAUGGCUCUCCUCGAAGCAAAAGUAAAAAGCGUCCUCUCCGGUGAUACCGUCAUUCUCCAUAACAUCAACAACCCGAAACAAGAACGCACCCUGAGCCUGGCCUACGUCUCCGCGCCGAGGCUGAAGCGCGAGGGAGACGAACAAUAUGCCUUCGAAUCUCGCGACUUCUUGCGCCGCCUGUUGGUAGGCAGAGUAGUACGGUUCAAUGUGCUCUACAAGAUCCCUACUGGCGUCAACCGUGAAUACGGUGUUAUCUCACUACCCAACCGAACGCAAUUGCCCGAGCAAGCGGUCGCAGAGGGUUGGCUCAAGCUACGGGACGAUGCUGGCAGGAAAGAUGACAGCGAGGAAUCUGUUUCUCUACUCGAGAAGCUGCAGGCGCUUGAGGCCCGAGCGAAGGCAGAAUCCAGGGGCGUAUGGCAAGAGUCGGGUGGCCGCAUCAACAACUCCAAUGAGCUUAGCGACCCCAAGCAAUUCGUCGAAGACAACAAGGAUAAAGACAUCACUGGUAUCGUUGAGAGGGUUCUCUCUGGCGACCGCAUGAUAAUCCGAUUUUUGUUGUCUCCCAACGAGCACGUUCAAACCAUGGUCUUGCUAGCUGGUCUACGAGCACCCGCCACAAAGCGAACAAACCCAUCAGACGGCAAGGAACAACCUGCCGAGCCAUUUGGCGACGAGUCCCACCAGUUCAUCGAGACCCGACUACUACAAAGAAACGUCAAUGUUAAAGUACUAGGAAACGCGCCCAACGGGCAGAUCAUCGCUAGCAUAUCGCAUCCUAUGCAGGGUAGCAUUGCUCCCCAUCUGCUUUCCGCAGGCCUAGCCCGGUGUAACGAUCACCAUACAACGCUGCUAGGAACGGAGAUGGCCGAGCUGCGACAAGCCGAGAAGACUGCCAGAGAGAGCCGGCAAGGUCUUUACCAGGGCGUCGUUGCCCAAAAGAAAGCGGGUCCAGGAGAAUCGGAGGCUACGGUUAGCAGGAUACAGAGCGCUGAUACUCUAUUCGUGCGGAAUAAGGCAGGUGCUGAGCGACGCAUCAAUCUCAGCAGCGUUCGCCAGCCCAAACCCACCGACCCCAAGCAAUCACCGUGGGUACCUGAAGCUAAGGAGUUCUUGCGCAAGAAGCUCAUCGGCAAGCACGUCAAAUUCCACAUUGAUGGAAAGCGUCCCGCUACCGAAGGCUAUGAGGAGAGAGAAAUGGCUACUGUGACCUUUCAGGGCAAGAACAUCGGACUGCUUCUUGUGGAGAGCGGCAUGGCCUCCGUUAUCCGCCAUCGUCAAGACGACACCGACCGCAGUCCUAUCUACGAUGAUCUUCUGUUGGCUGAAGCGACCGCGCAAGGCGAACAAAAAGGAUUGUGGUCGCCAAAGGGCCCUUCGACAAAGCAAUACGUUGAUUACUCAGAGUCUCUUGAGAAAGCUAAGCGUCAACUGACUCUGCUCACCCGCCAGCGCAAGGUCCCCGCCAUCGUGGACUUUGUCAAAUCGGGCUCGCGCUUCACUGUUCUGGUACCUCGCGAGAAUGCCAAACUUACUUUUGUUCUCUCUGGUAUCCGAGCACCGCGAUCUGCUAGGAACCCCACCGAUAAGGGUGAGCCCUUUGGACAAGAGGCACACGAUUUCGCGAACAGGCGACUUCAACAGCGUGAUGUUGAGAUUGAUGUUCAAGACUGCGACAAGGUCGGUGGUUUCAUUGGUACACUCUAUAUCAACGGCGAGAACUUCGCGAGGACACUUGUUGAAGAGGGGUUGGCCUCCGUACACGCAUAUUCGGCUGAGAAAUCAGGAAAUGCGAACGAGCUCUUCGCUGCUGAGGAGCGGGCUAAGCAAGCUCGCAAGGCGCUCUGGCACGAUUAUGACCCGUCGCAGGAAGAAGACGCAGAUGCCACUACUGAGGGUGCGGCUGCUUCCGGUCAGAACGGUGAUGCAGCAGCGGAGCGACGCAAAGACUACCGCGACGUUAUGGUUACACAUGUCGAUGACAACGGAAGGCUCAAGCUUCAGCAGAUUGGCACAGGUACAGCAGCUCUGACCGAACUUAUGAGCGCCUUCCGCAGCUUCCACAUCAACCCUGCCAACAACGCAGGUUUGCCCGAUGCUCCCAAAGCUGGCGAGUUUGUGGCCGCCAAAUUCACCGCAGAUGACGAAUGGUAUCGUGCUCGCAUACGACGAAACGACCGUGACGCAAAGAAGGCAGAGGUCGUCUACGUCGACUACGGUAACUCUGAGCUCAUCCCUUGGUCUCGCCUCCGCCCCCUUUCCCAACCGCAAUUCCUUCCCUCGAAGCUUAGACCCCAGGCCGUGGACGCACAGCUGUCAUUCAUCCAACUACCAGGAAACCCGGAGUAUCUCGCUGAUGCCAUCAACGUCAUUUCUCAAGAGACGGCAGACCGUCAACUCGUCGCCAACGUGGACCAAGUCGAAAAAGAUGGCAUGCUCUGGGUGACACUCUUCGACCCCAAGGACAGCAAAACAGGCGAAGACAGCGUCAACGCCGAGGUCAUCAGCGAGGGUCUCGCCAUGGUUCCCAAGAAACUGCGCAACUGGGAGCGAAGCGCAACCGACGUCCUUGCCGCGCUGAACAAGAGGCAAACUAUUGCCAAGGAAGAAAGGAGGGGUCAAUGGGAGUAUGGCGACCUGACUGAGGACUAGACGCGUCUCUUGUCGGUCUCCCUCUCGAUCAGACGCGCAGCAGGCGCAGAUUUGGUGGGGCAGAUGUGUCUCUGAAGGAGCGAACGAUAUGCAUAUCGUAUAAACCCCCGCUCAAGAUGCUUGUGCAGUGCAGCACGACUGGAGAGCUGAAGCUGUGUUGUACGCUUUCAUUGGGUCGUAGUUUUCCCCUCUCAUGCAGCCCGGUUGGGCGAAUAGGUUGUCACCGGUGGUUGCUGAUGAUCUUUUUUCUUGCUUACUUACAAAACAAAAAUGGUGUGUAUGAAUCGAGAUUGGGCAUGAUCUUUCAGCUUCCCUAAAAGUGAGUUUGAAUUGAACAAAAAGCCAGGUAACUCGCACAGUUUUGCGAUGUACAUCGUCAUUGUGGGCCUGCUUCUCCUACAUAGCAACAAACAAAAUACCAUAUAUUAUCUUUGGGAGAGACCUUCAUCCAAAGUGUGAACUCAUUGCGUGCUGUCAGCCCAUCGGUGUGUCAAAGGAGUCAGUGCUCAAUCAAGCUCUAUAUCCAUCAAUCCUAUGUAACAAAACUUCGACCCUCUCUAUCAACAACACCCCGCCGAUCGUCAGGCAGGUAUACCAUCCCUCCCUCCCCCAUUUCAAUCCAGACCCGACCCUCGGGGAGGCAAGAUAUACCGAUAUUUCUCCCGCCCCCUCCCCCAGAAAGAGAAAGACGCAAUCGGCAUGUUUCAUAGUUUCACACCACCGC